AUGACAUUUGAGAAUGUAAUCCUCAACCAUGUCUGCCUCGGACUCUUCGGAGACACGCGGAUCGAAGAGGAGGCAACCCGCUGCGUGGCGUCCCCAGCCGCCACUUCGCUGCCCCAAGCGCUGAGGGAACAAGAGUCGGUAAAUGGAUCAACGGUGUCUCGGCGAAGGGGACAGCUGCACAGUGUCGAGCUAAGUGGCAAUGUCACAGUAUUUAGAUUAUGUUGGUGUGCUACUGAGAGUAGACACUAUAUGGAUAUUGCUGCUCUGGAGGAAAUUGGGCUUUUUGACCCAGUCAUAGUGGUGAAAGUGUCUAAAUCGGCCAUCAGCGACUUCUGCUUCAAUCCUACGGGCAGGAGGAAAUCACUCGCAAUAUCUUCAACUGCAAUGAAAUUCUCCUUGGGUGCCCUGCGAAAGCUUCGACAAGUGUCGCUGCGGAGUGAGCAACGGCGACCGCAUCAUCGGAGGGACGGAGGUGUCCCCACCCUUCAGAUAUCCCUGGCUCGUCGCAUCUACGAUAUUGAGAAUCUGAAGGAGCCCUUCUGCGGCGGGAGCAUCAUCAACACCCGCUACGUCGUCACGGCCGCGCACUGUAUGUUUUCGCCGAAGGACAAGCCCGAACCCGCAUCCAAGUUUCGGGUGAAAAUCGCCGAGCACGACGUGAUUUCUGAGGACGACGACGUCGAAGGAGUCACGCGGAUGCUGGCCCUGGAGAGCUACGUCUUCCAUGAAGGCUACACAGAGAACUACUUCAACCUGGACAUCGCCCUCCUGCGUCUGGAGGAGGCCUGGACCUCACGUCGCACCCGGAGGACAGACCGGGAAAGUCGUCGGCUGGGGAGACACGACCAAUGGCGACAAGAAGUACCCGACAUCGUUCGGGAAGUCGACUUACCCAUCGUCGAGUGUGGGCGCAAGGAGAUAGCCGGUGUUUUGAUCACACCUUUCAUGCUGUGCGCAGGUUUUAAGAAAGGCGGGAAGGACAGUUGUUCUGGCGACUCGGGAGGCCCUCUGACGGUGGAAGAAGACGGGAGGUUCACCUUGGUGGGGAUCGUCUCUUUCGGCGAGGAGUGCGCCAAACGGAAUGUUCCAGGCGUCUACACGCGCAUCACUGAGCUUUUGGAAUGGAUUAGCAGCAAUACUGCUGAAGUAUCUUACUGUCAAUAGAUUUUAAGUGAGGGGUUUAUUGUUAUGAGUUGUAGAACUGUUAUACACACAUAUAUGUGUGUGAAGUCUGCCCUCCUUUGAUAUAAGCUGUAUUAUAUGAUUGACGUUGACCAAAUAAAUACAUACUAAAUCAGGCC